AUGAUAAAGUUAGUGGAUCCAGUGGUUCGAAGUUUUAAAGUGGCGAAGGUGUUUCGUGAAAAUACUGACAAAAUAAACAGCAUUGACUUUUCCCCGAGUGGUGAAACUCUUAUAUCGUGUAGUGAAGAUGACCAGAUAGUUAUAUAUGAUUGUGAAAAGGGCACCCAAAUGAUAACUGUAAACAGCAAAAAAUAUGGAGUUGACUUGAUACAUUUUACGCACGCCAAGAACACAGCUAUACACAGUUCUACCAAAGUAGAUGACACCAUCAGGUAUUUGUCUCUUCAUGAUAACAAAUAUAUUCGAUAUUUUCCAGGACAUACUAAAAAGGUUGUUACUCUUUGCUUAUCUCCAGUAGAGGAUACAUUCCUUUCUGGUUCGUUAGACAAAACCUUACGUCUUUGGGAUUUACGGUCUCCAAAUUGCCAAGGUCUCAUGCAUCUUUCAGGAAGACCCGUAGCUGCUUAUGAUCCCGAAGGAUUAAUAUUUGCUGCUGGUGUAAACUCAGAAAGUAUAAAAUUGUAUGACUUGAGAUCUUUUGACAAAGGUCCUUUUGUUACAUUCAAAUUGAAUCAUGAGAAAGAAUGUGAUUGGACAGGAUUGAAAUUUUCGAGAGAUGGAAAAACCAUGCUUAUAAGUACAAAUGGUUCAAUAAUUAGAUUAGUUGAUGCAUAUCAUGGAACUCCAUUGCAGACAUUUACAGGGCACCUUAAUAACAAAGGUAUACCAAUAGAAGCAUCAUUUAGUCCUGAUUCACAAUAUAUUUUCAGUGGUUCAACUGAUGGAAGAGUUCAUGUUUGGAAUGCUGAUACUGGAUACAAAGUAUGUGUUCUUAAUGGGGAUCAUCCAGCACCCAUACAAUGUGUUCAGUUUAACCCUAAAUACAUGCUUCUAGCUUCUGCAUGCACAAAUAUGGCAUUUUGGUUACCAACAAUAGAUGAUGUUUAG